AUAUUUAUUUGUAAUAUUCAGAUUCGACGUUUGAGGAUUGAGAUAGAAAAGCUUCAGUGGUUACAUCAGCAGGAACUCUCAGAAAUGAAGCAUAAUCUGGAACUGACAAUGGCUGAAAUGCGUCAGAGUCUAGAACAAGAACGAGAUCGUUUGAUUGCUGAAGUGAAGAAGCAGCUGGAAAUGGAAAAGCAGCAAGCAGUGGAUGAAACUAAAAAGAAGCAGUGGUGUGCCAACUGCAAGAAAGAGGCCAUUUUUUAUUGCUGUUGGAACACUAGCUACUGUGACUAUCCCUGCCAACAAGCUCACUGGCCUGAGCAUAUGAAAUCUUGUACACAGUCAGCUACUGCAACACAGCAAGAAACCGAUACUGAAAUUAACACAGAAACAUUGAAUAAAUCAUCCCAGCCCAGUUCAAGUGUGCAGCCUACGCCCACGGAAGCAGCCAGCACCCCCAAGGAAAAGGACGUUUCAACUGAGAAAAGCAAAGAAAGCGUUACAAUAGCAACAGGUGUGACAAGCAACCAGCCUAUAAAACUGGUCCAGGUACCGCAGACCACCACCUAUAUUCCAACUACUCAACCCUCAAUUACCAUUCCUGUAGUGGUAAGUCCUUCUGCUGGGACAGUGGCAAUGAGAACUGGAGUUCAGUAUGUUCAGACCACAAUGCCAGUCCAAGUACGAAGAGUCUAACUGCUAACAAGAAGUCCAUACAAUUGUUGGAAAAUAUAAAUCUAAUAGAAAUGUGAAAAAUAAACACAGUUCUUUGGAUUAACCUCAAAGGUUCAGACUUAAGCUUUGUAUAAAUGUACAAAGCAUUAACUACACUACAUUAAUGUAAAGCAUUAGCGCUGGCUUAGAAAAGCUGAGGACAGGUAAGAUCCGUGUUAAAUCUCUGCCUCUUUUGUAAAUAAUGUACAAUUUGUGGAUGUCAUUAAAGUUAGAGUACCAUCUCCUUUUUA